AUGGCAACUGAGAUUAUGAAGGGGUACAACGAUCUGCAGCAGGAGUUGGACCGUGCAAGGUGUAACCUGAAAGGCCUAAAUGAUAACAUUCGGAGAAUAUUUGGACGCGAUCCGGCCAGUACGGAGCAGUACAAUAACAAUGGUCGCGAUGAUGCCACCGGACCGUAUGCCCCGAACGGAGGAAACAAAAAAAGUCCCGUCGUAAAGGAGGCGUACGAUUCCCGCAAGCGAAGCUCAGUCGGGUUCGAUUCACCUCAUGGGAUGGGGCCACGCCGGGACCAUGGUAGAGCCUACCCGGACCCCAGUCAAAAUCCAGCCAAACGGCGUGCCAUAGGAGAAACGAAGUCCGUUUUCAGCCGUCUUUCCGGUCCUCCAAAUCGUGAUGUAGAUUACGAGAAACCUCGAAUUUUUUCCCGCGUCAUCAAAGAACAGCCCUCCAAGGAGGACAUUGUGGCGGCGCAAGGUUCGGACGAACGGUCGCGUGCUCGUAACCGUCGCAUCUUCGGUUCGCUGUUAGGUACGCUGCAAAAGUUCUCCCAGGAGGAGUCGAAACUGAAGUCCAAAGAGGAGAAGAAAGCAUUGAUUGAGAAGAAGCUGGAGGAGCAGGAAAAGAUGGAACGAGAAAACAUGCUCAAGGAGAAGCAAUGCCUGUUUACGGAUCGCAAACGGCAACAGUUGGAAAUCCGUGCACUGGAAACAAAGGUGGCCAUGCUGAAAGCGCUGGAAACGUGGGAAAACUCGAAACGACCGCUGCAGAACUUUAUCAAAACGAAAACCAACCCACCGAUUUACUACCUACCAAAGCGGAUGAAUGCUGUCAUGGAAAAGAAGCUGGCCGAUUGCCAGCAGGAGCAACAAAAAAUGAUGGAAGAAAAGCGACAAGAAGUGAUGGAAAGCAUUGAAGCGGUGGAAGCACGGUUCAGAGCUGACAUCAAAUCGCUGGAGGAACACGAUGCGAAAGAUCGUUCCAAUGCCGGUGGUUACGAGCGGGUAAAAUCUUCCGGUAACUUCGACGAAAGCAUCGGUGGCGGUUCAAAGCAUGAUCGAUCAAAGAUGGAAGAAGACGAUGAGGACGACGAUCCGCACAGUUCGUAUCAUUACGAGCAGGACGAACCGCUCGAAGUGGCCGAAGGGCCUGCCUUACCAGCAUCGAUGGUGUCAAGGUUUAAGAUUACGAUUCAUAAUACUGACCAAAAGCAUGAUACCAUUGAACGGCGGGAUAUGCCUUUGGAAGAGUCGAAACCUGUACGACUAUUGUCAGCGGACCAAAUGGAGGAAGACGCAUCCGUUGUGGAAAUGGAUGAGGACGCGGAAAGUCUCAGUAGACGCAAGACUUCCAUUGAUCGUUCGUCAAAGAGCAUUCAGAUCACGUUCCGGGCGUCCAACCCGGACGAUAACUGA